GGGGAACCGACCCUCCUUCCUCGGUGGCCGCUGGAGUCUGCGCAAGUGACCCUUCACAUCCCUCUUCGGUGGCGUCGGCGAGUGCAUAGGCUGAGCGUGGAGAGACCAGGCACACCCUGGGUUCUCUGGGCAUCACUGCCUCAGGGGCAGAGGUUGUUCCAGCUACUUCUAAGCUGGGAACGCAGUGCCAGGAAUGGGGGGGGGGGCGGGGGCGGGACGGGCAGUGAGAAAAGUGAGGUAUCCCUGGAGGAGCGGUAGUAAGGAAGGGAAAGGGGCCUUUGUCUAAGGCACCCAGGGUAGGGACCCGCUUUUGGGGCCUCUGCAACCUGGCCCCUCGGUAACCAUUACUUACACCCACCCCCACGCCCCCUCCAGCCCAAACAGCGUGGUCUGUCGCUUGUCUUUGUUGUGAAACGUGAACCUUCUCCGGCUCCGGUUUCCCUGUAACCCAAGCCCUUCCCCUCCCACCUCAGCGCCAGGCCUCUAGCUCUGGUCUCUGACGCCGUGGGGGUGGGGGGUGAGGAAGAACUGGAGUAAAAGCUGCUGCCUCACUCCGCAGCCACGCGCCUGCCGACCCAGGGGACUUGGGGCAGUCUGGGUGCUCGGCUGCAGGCCAAGGCGACUGGAAAACUUUCCUCCAGCUUAGCAUACCCGCCGCGCUGUCAACCCCAGCAGGCUUGUAGAGACCCUGGGAUUUGGCGAGUCUGAUGGGAACCCCACUACGGAGGAUGAGUCCAGCCGCAGUCCAGAGGACCUGGAGAGGGGUGUGGCCUCCAUGGCUGCUGAGGCCCCCGCCCAGAGUUCCAUCUUCCUGGCGGGGGCCACCUCUCCUGCAACGUGCCCUGCCUCCUCCUCUAUCCUAGUGAAUGGGAGCUUCCUGGCCGCCAGCAGUCCCCCAGCAGUGCUCCUCAAUGGUAGCCCAGUCAUUAUCAAUAGCUUGGCCCUAGGAGAGAACUCCAGCUUGGGGCCCUUGCUACUCACAGGAGGAAGUGCCCCUCAACCACAGCCCAGUCUCCAAGGGGUCAGUGAGGCCAAGAAUUCUCUGGUCCUGGACCCUCAGACAGGAGAGGUUCGACUGGAUGAGGCUCAGUCUGAGGCCCCUGAGACCAAAGGGGUUCAUGGGACUACUGGAGAGGAAAUCCCAGGAGCCCUGCCCCAAGUAGUCCCAGGCCCCCCACCUGCCUCCACCUUUCCUCUGACCCCGGGAGCUGUGCCUGCUGUGGCUGCUCCUCAGGUUGUACCGCUCUCCCCUUCUUCUGGGUACCCAACAGGCCUGAGCCCCACCUCCCCACGGCUGAACUUGCCCCAGGUGGUGCCCACCUCUCAGGUGGUAACCCUGCCUCAGGCUGUGGGGCCACUCCAGCUGUUGGCAGCUGGGCCAGGCAGUCCUGUGAAGGUGGCAGCUGCAGCGGGGCCUACCAAUGUGCACCUGAUAAACUCUAGUGUGGGAGUGACUGCGCUGCAACUUCCCUCGUCCACUGCUCCAGGAAACUUCCUCCUGGCCAACCCUGUGUCUGGUAGCCCCAUUGUCACUGGGGUAGCUGUGCAGCAGGGCAAGAUCAUCCUCACUGCCACCUUCCCCACCAGCAUGCUCGUCUCCCAGGUCCUGCCUCCUGCCCCCAGUCUAGCCCUGCCCCUGAAGCAAGAGCCAGCUAUCACAGUGCCUGAAGGAGCUCUCCCAGUGGGCCCCAGCCCCACCCUCCCAGAGGGUCACACUCUGGGGCCAAUCUCUACUCAGCCACUGCCACCUGCUUCUGUUGUCACCUCUGGCACCAGCCUGCCUUUCUCCCCGGACUCCUCUGGCCUGCUUUCCAGCUUCUCAGCACCCCUACCUGAAGGUCUGAUGUUGUCACCUGCAGCUGUGCCAGUCUGGCCAGCAGGGCUGGAACUGAGCACAGGAGUAGAAGGGCUGGGGACACAGGCCACCCACACUGUGCUGAGGCUGCCAGACCCUGACCCCCAGGGACUGCUUCUGGGGGCUACAACAGGGACUGAGGUUGAUGAGGGGCUAGAAGCUGAGGCCAAGGUCCUGACCCAGCUGCAGUCGGUACCCGUGGAGGAGCCCUUGGAACUGUGACUGCCUGCAUUUAACCACUUCUUCUGACAAUGGUGUCAAGGUGCUAGGACAGGAAGAGGAACCCUCAGUAAAGUGGCUGCAGUCUGAAGUCCCACACUACAGCUCUCCUACCUGGAUAAGCUAUAAGCCCUACAGGAGCUACAGGGACCACCACAGGUCAGGGAACUGUCCUCCUGAUGGCAGAUCUUGUUACAGCCCUCUCCUUGCUCUGCCUGCCCAAUAUGUGUGGGCACUAGGGGUCUUGACUUGGGCUUUGCCAUCCUCUACAUAAUACUAGUGUGAGAAGGCCCUGCCAAGUGGCUAAUUUCCAGAUGGCACCCUCACUAUAACACUAUUAAUAGCCCCACUGAUACCCAUUUCCCAAAAUUUCCUGAGAGACCAGGGUGGCCUAGGGACAGCCCUUCCUGUUGAGGAGGGCUGAUGGGUGUACAGGGCCCUUCCCCUGCUUCCCUGGACUUGAGCUCCAGGAUCCAGCCCCAGACCAAAGAUUUCCCUGUUCCCUAGGGCAACUCUGGCCCCUUUGUCUAGUUUGUAUUGUAAAUCUUUAUUUUUCUAGGAUAUGUUAUGCCUCCAUUUCAAUUAAAGUCAAGUAAACAGACAACAGAGCUAUUGAGGGUAAGGGUUACCUGCCAGACAACCCACCCAAGAGAGAACUGGGGACAAAGCCCAGCCAGAGGCUGUGGCUUGUUUUCUUGUUUGGGUUGUGAGAUGGGGAUCAUGUUUUAUAUAGCCCAGGCUGGUCUCAGAUCCCAUCUUUCUGCCUCAGCUUCCUGAAUGUUGGAAUUAUAAACAUGGGUAACUACA